AUGAAAAUUGAUAUUCAUAGCCACAUUCUACCUAAGGAAUGGCCUGACCUAGAAAAGAGAUAUGGAUAUGGUGGAUGGGUACAGCUGGAUCAUCACUGCAAGGGACAGGCAAGGAUGAUGAAGGAUGGAAAGGUUUUUAGAGUUAUUCAAGAGAACUGCUGGGAUCCAGAAGUACGGAUUAAGGAGAUGGACCUCUCAGGAGUCACUGUCCAAGUCCUUUCCACAGUCCCUGUAAUGUUCAGCUACUGGGCCAAACCUCAGGAUACUUUAGAUCUAUCCCAGAUAUUAAAUAAUGACUUAGCUGCUACAGUAAAAAAGUACCCCAAGAGGUUUAUUGGCUUGGGUACGUUACCUUUGCAAGCUCCAGACCUGGCUGUGAAGGAAAUGCAUCGGUGCGUGAAUGAACUUGGCUUUCCUGGAGUACAAAUAGGAUCUCAUGUCAACAAUUGGGACCUGAAUGCACCAGAACUGUAUGAUAUUUAUGCUGCUGCUGAACAAUUAAAUUGCUGUCUUUUUGUACAUCCCUGGGACAUGCAACUAGAUGGAAGGAUGUCCAAGUACUGGUUUCCGUGGCUGAUAGGCAUGCCAGCAGAAACAACCAUGGCAAUUUGCUCCAUGAUUAUGGGAGGAAUUUUUGAAAAAUUUCCUAAGCUGAAAGUUUGCUUUGCACAUGGAGGUGGAGCUUUUCCAUACACAGUGGGGCGAAUCUCCCAUGGAUUCAACAUGCGUCCUGAUUUGUGUGCAGUGGAUAAUAAGGUGGAUCCAAGAAAAUACCUUGGUUCAUUUUACACAGACUCUCUUGUCCAUGAUAGUGGUGCACUAAGGCUUCUAACAAGUGUAAUAGGAGAGGACAAAGUUAUUUUAGGGACAGAUUACCCUUUUCCACUGGGGGAACUGGAACCUGGAAAACUGAUUGACUCAAUGGAAGAUUUUGACCAUAAACUGAAGGAUAAACUCAAGGCUGGCAAUGCUCUGGAAUUUUUGGGUCUUAGCAGAAGACAGUUUGAAUGAUUAUGAAGAUAUUAAAAAGACCAAACU